AUGGAGAUGAACAAGAAGAAUAAUCAUUGUAAAAAAAUUUGUGAGUUAACCUACGACAACCAAAUGACUUUGCAAGCGUAUAUCAAGACAAAAGAAAAACAACAACUGAAAGAAGUUAAAACACAUCAACACAUUCAUUUUGUCAUGGACAAAAACAGCAAAGGAAAAUGUUUUUCAGAUGUUGAAAUGUACACAAUGCACUCAACACAACACAAUUAA